AGGCGGCGGAUCCCUAGGUCUCUACAUCAGGAAACGGGGCUGCAGGAUGAAUAAGAGAUACUUACAGAAAGCAACAAAAGGAAAACUGCUAAUAAUAAUAUUUGUUGUAACCCUGUGGGGGAAAUUAGCAUCUGGGGCAAAUCAUCAUAAAGCUCACCAUGUUAAAACUGGGACCUGUGAAGUGGUGGCACUGCACAGAUGUUGUAAUAAGAACAAGAUAGAAGAACGAUCACAGACAGUGAAGUGCUCCUGCUUCCCUGGGCAGGUAGCGGGUACCACCCGGGCAGCUCCUUCUUGUGUUGAUGCUUCAAUAGUGGAACAGAAAUGGUGGUGCCACAUGCAACCAUGUCUUGAAGGGGAGGAAUGUAAAGUUCUUCCAGAUCGUAAGGGAUGGAGCUGUUCCUCUGGGAAUAAAGUGAAAACAACCAGAUCUGGCCUAUGUUCACAUCCCUUUGCUGACAGCAGUCUCUUGAAGCAACUGAUCACUAUUAACCUUUUUGUGAAAAAGGAAGACAAAAAACCCAGGACAUUUCUACCUUUGCUAUUAAUAGCUUACCUUCUCUAUAAAGCUCAAGACAUUUUACUUCACUUUGCCAUGUCCUCUAAAAACCAAGCAGAGCGCAAGCAUUCGGCGAGCCAGCAAGCGACGGACAAGCCACCAGAGCAGCUAACUCCAGAAGCAGCCAGGAGCCAACGAGCAACCAGCCCUGAAGGCAAAGCCGAGAACAGCUCCGCCGCGGCCCGGACUCGGUAA